UAUGGAUAUUCCAAAACAAGAUAGGAACUCGACCUACUUACGAGUUUGUCUCAAGAAACUUCAACCAUUAACUGCCUUAGAUGAAGAGUGUUCUGUUGCAUAUGCCUCUUUGGCUUCGCCAAAAUGGGGAACUAUUAUUGAGUUGCCUUUAAAAAAUGCAUGGAUGACAACUUUCACACUAACACUUCAAGUCGUUGAUAUUUCCUCUCCAUGGUCAACUUGGACUUUCUAUAAUGGAGCGUUACUGAGUGGGAGACGAUGGAAUUCUAUUUUGAGAAAUGUUAAUGGUCAACUAUUCCAUUAUAAGAUUAGAAUGGUUUGCAAUCAGAAUUACUACGCAAGAGAUUCAACUUGUAAAGCUGGUUGCCUCCAUGGUACUUGCACUAAGCAAGGAGAAUGCAGUUGUGAUCCUGGUUGGCAGGGCGUCCUGUGCAACGUUUGUAAAGCUUUUCCCGGGUGUAAAAACGGUUAUUGCCUCGACAAACCUUGGCAGUGUAUUUGCUAUAAAAAUUGGGGUGGUAAUUUAGAUUAUUGUGCAACCAAUUCACCAUGUAAAAACGGUGGUUAUUGUAAAAAUACGGCUGACGGCCACUAUAUUUGUGAGUGUAAGAGAGGAUAUCAUGGCUUAAAUUGCGAAUAUGUUUACGAUUACUUCUGUCAAUGUCCUUUGGACUUUACUGGUAAAAACUGUUCUAUUCCUCGCCCUACGAGAGCCAUAGGGAAUUUGCGAUGCCUUUGCAGUAGGAAUCAAAGGUGUUUAAAUGGUAAAUGCGUCUGUAAACCUGGUUUUACUGGUAUAAAUUGUACAGAUGAAAUAGACAAUUGCUUAACUGAUAGUUGUUUAAAUGGUGGAACUUGUGUCAACGGAUUAAAAGGUAUUGUUUGUAUUUGUAAAGAUCGUUGGCAAGGUCAAAGUUGUGAGUUAGAUAAUAGAAAUUAUCAAGUAAAUCAAACAUAUUCAAAUGUAUUAUACCCAUUAACAAAGGCAAAUGAUUGUCAAGCAAAAAUUUGUCAGAAUGGAGGAACUUGCAUAAAUACUGGUGAUGAAGGGUUUAUUUGCCUAUGUAAGUCAUAUUUUGAAGGAAAGUUAUGCCAGAAACGUAAAAAUCAUUGCCAUUCUCUACCUUGUUGGAAUGGUGGGAGUUGUUUUGAAAGAAUUGACGAUUUCCAUUGCGUAUGCUUAAAUGGUUUUAGCGGGAAACAGUGUGAAUCCAAAAUAAAUCAAUGUUCAUCUUUACCUUGUCCUUGGGGAUCCUCUUGUAUUGAAAAAAAUGGCUCUUUUAAGUGCAUUUGUCCCAAAUAUAGAAGUGGAAAACUAUGUCAAAAAACAGUGAAAAUUGAUUUUAAAGUACCGUAUUGUCAUUACAAACGUAAAUUAUACGUACAUAAAGAAGAAUGGGAAGACAACUGCAAUCUAUGCAAAUGUUUCUCUGGAAUUGUUAAAUGUAGCAAGCUAUAUUGCCCUAAUUAUAUUUUUUACAAAAAGAGAUGCACGGAAGAUAUUUCCAACUCGUUAACCGCUAUUAAAUGUUUUACACCAAACUGUAAUAAACUGCAAAGAUGCUCAUUUUAUAACGAAACCUUCUCCUCAAAGAAAGUAUGCGGAAAGAAAAAUUGUUCUAUUGUAACAUUUUGCUUUCAUAAAAACCGAUUAAAAGAGGGUCUAGCAAUUGCUGAAGUUUGUGAUAGGAUAAGAAGAUUAUACAGUAUUCGUAGAAUAUUUACAAUUUCAACGUUAUAUGUUGAAUGUUCACUAUCAAAUUCUAUAAGUGAAGAAAAGUAUACUAGAAGACAUUAUCGAUUAUCCUAA